GCAUCUUGGUUUCCAUGGAAAUGUCAAUGAAUACCUUCUAAUCAAAAAAUUGAUGAAUUUGCCAUACAGAAAAAAUACGAUUUGUUAUUCCAGUAUUUUAUAUGGAUUAUUUGGCAAAAUCAGGAAUAUACUUUGACGACGUUGAUAAAAUAUGUAUAUUAGAACCAAGCGUAUCAAAAAGUUCUACAGAAUUGCAACAGGAAUGCGACGUAUAUUUUGAAAAAAUUGAAGAAUUCGAAAGACUAUCCGGAAUGCUUAUUGGUAUAUCACAAAAACUAGCUAAAGAAGUUGAAAAGGAAAAAAUGAGUACCAUUGGCGUCAAGAAUGUCUUACAAAAUAUGACCAAGGAGAAGGAAACUUUGAAGCAGCAAUUACAAGUUCAAAUUGCAGAGCAGGGGAUUGAACUAGAAAAUUUAAAAACCCAACUUGCUUCAUUGCAGAAGAUCGAAAUGGAACAAAACGAAGUAAUAAAUAACUUAAGUCAAAUGUAGUUAAUGUUAUAAUAAUAAUGUUUAUACGGUCA